UGAAUUUCUAGGUACUCCAAUGGGGAACUGCUGUAGAUCUCCGGCAGCAGUAUCCAGUAAAGAUGUCAAUCCGUCAAACUUUUCCGGCCAUAGCGACAGCCGGAAGGACUGGUCAGAUAACAAGAAGACGAUCACCGUACUGACAGACGUUUCGAAUGAGAAAAUCGAAGAUAAGUAUUUGAUAGAUAAAGAACUCGGUCGAGGAGAAUUCGGAAUCACAUAUCUCUGUAUCGAACGUAACACAAGAGAGCUUCUAGCUUGCAAGUCGAUUUCGAAGCAGAAGCUUCUGACAGCGGUUGAUGUGGAAGAUGUGCGAAGAGAGGUCGCGAUUAUGAGACAUUUACCGAAGAGUUCGAGUGUUGUUUUCUUGAAGGAAGCAUGCGAAGAUGAUGAUUCUGUUCAUUUAGUGAUGGAAUUAUGUGAGGGAGGAGAGUUGUAUGAUCGGAUUGUGGCGCGAGGAUAUUAUACAGAGCGUGCUGCUGCGAAUGUUACUCGAACAAUUAUAGAAGUUGUACAGCUUUGUCAUAAACAUGGAGUGAUUCAUAGAGAUUUGAAACCUGAGAACUUUUUGUAUGUGAAUAAUAAGGAAGAUUCUCCUCUGAAAGCUAUUGAUUUUGGUUUAUCGAUCUUUUUCAAGCCAGGUGAAAAGUUCUCGGAGACUGUUGGAAGUCCAUACUACAUGGCUCCUGAGGUUCUCAAUUGCAACUAUGGACCAGAGAUUGAUAUAUGGAGUGCAGGAGUUAUCCUCUAUAUAUUAUUGUGUGGUGUUCCUCCAUUUUGGGCUGAGUCUGAACAAGGAGUUGCUGAUGCGAUUCUGCGUGGACUAAUAGAUUUCAGUAGAGAACCGUGGAAGAACAUUUCAUUGAGUGCCAAGAGUCUUGUUCGUCAAAUGUUGGAACCUGACCCGAAUCUUCGACUCACAGCAAAACAGGUCCUUAGGCACCCUUGGCUUCAAAACACUAAGAAAGCUCCAAACAGUAAAAGACUCGAGCAGUUAUCGAGGAUGAAUAAAUUCAAGAGAAAAACCUCGAGGGUUAUAGCUGAUUUAUUAUCAGAUGAAGAGCUUGAUGAUAUUAGUCAUAUGUUCACAAAUAUAGAUGCUGACAAAGAUGGUAUUGUUUCAAUUGAAGAAUUAAAAGGCGGUCUUCGAAAAUUUUGUUCACAUCUUGAAGAAUCUGAAGUUCUGAUGCUUAUAGAGGCUGUAAGCUUAUUCUAAACAUCAAUUUGUCAAAUUUGUUUUAUAUCUAAAUGGAACCAAAAUUGCUUUUUGAUAAUAGGUGAAUGUCAAUGAGAAAAGGGUCAUUGACUUUAGCGAGUUCAUAGCGAUUUUGUAUCAUCUACGAGAGAUGGCCAACGGCGAGUAUUUUCUCAAGGCUUUAUCUGAUUUUGAUUGAGCCUCACGAGCUUAGAGAUGCUUCCAUUCAAAUUGUUCAAGAGGUAAAAUUGUAUCUUCUUCUUUUCCUAAUGUUUUUACCAUUUAGCAAUGAAAAGAAAGUGAAACUGAUAAACUGUAAAUGCCAAAUAACAUGUCCUUGGGUAAGAAAAGAAAUAAAAGUCCUUAUUUUCAUUGAA